AUGCUUUAUAACACCGGCACCAUCGCCAUUAAUAGAAAUACCGCCACCGGGACGGGUACAAACUGGACGGCACCGGCCAGCCAGGUUCGCGCUGGCCAGACAAUUAUCGUGAUGUCUAACCCGGUGCAACUGUUCCAGAUUUCAUCCGUGAACAGCGCCACGUCAAUGACGGUUACGCCUGCCGCUUCCCCGGCGCUGAGCGGCCAGAAGUACGGCAUUCUGGUAUCAGAUAAUAUCUCGGUUGAUGGGCUGGCGCAGGCCAUGUCGCAGCUUAUCAAGGAGUAUGACGAGAAUAUUGGUGCGUGGGAGACGUUCGCCACAACCUCAGCCAACCAGAACAUUACCGUUACGAUCAAUGGCACCAGUUUAUCAAUCCCGGCUCUUGGGAAAUUACUGCAGAAGGGGAGCAACGGAGCUUUGCCGGUUAAUCAAGGUGGUACUGGCGCACCCUCGGCAUGGGAAGCCACAAAAAAUCUAAAAACAUUAAGGACGAUGGAGCGAAGAUUUGGACCAGGUGAUGAGCCAAGAGAUGGCGGCUGGUCCAAUACUAUUGGUUUUGUGGUGGGGCAAACGUCCACAGGGGCAAAUGGAGCGUUUGUUGAUUUUACAAGUUUCGAUCAGUCGGCCAGGCUACAGAUCAUUGGUUUUUAUUCUGACUCUCAAAACCACAAUGGUGUCGGGUAUAAUCUGUGGCAUCCCAACUUACAAACAUGGUAUCCAUUCACAACGCUCAGGGAUAACAGAAACACAACCGUAGAUUCGAACGGUUUCAUAAAGGUUGCAUCUCCCAUUGUAAAGAUAUUCAGGGAUGGUAGCUAUGAAACGAAUGAAGAGUCGGAGGGAAUUGAUGUUACCCACAUAAAUACAGGUGAGUAUUUGAUAGCAGGUUGCACCGGCCUUAAUGCAGAUGCAGCAUGGGGAGGGAUCGAUGGUGGAUUUGAAAUUCCGGUAGACAGGAACAAGCUCGCGCGCAUCUGGCUUGAUUAUGAAGUGAAUGCUGAUGGCUCUGUUCUGGUAAAAACAUAUCACCGUACACACCCGAAAGCGCCUGAGUUUGCAAGAAACGAAAUCAACGGGUUAACUAAUGGCGAGCCAGUAGACAUUCCUGCAGAUUCUUUUGUUUCCGUACGUGUUGAAAUGCCACCAGAUAGUAUCUGGAACCAGCGACAGAAUGAUGCUUUGGAAGCAGACGUGCAGAAACCUACCUCAUAA